UCUUGGGUUCUUAGUUUACAUACAGCAUAACCUUUCUAGGUUAGAGCAGUCCUUCAUUCUUACUAAGGCAAUAUGUCACGUGCACACAUCACAGUAUAAUGAAUCAUACUAAUCAUGCCAUAAAAAACGUCAUUCUGUGCAAAGCAAAGCCUUAAAUUCAGCACCGAACCAGUGACCAGCACAUCAGUCUGGUGGGACUUCUCUGAUGACGUAGCAGCUCAGAUCUGAUUUGAUUGUGUUUCUCAUCUCAUGAAAAACAUUUCAGGCAUAUAAAACGAGGCGAGGUGGGUGAGGCCAUUCAAAGAGACACCAGUCGCGGAGGAAAGAGACGCCAGUAGUCUUUUACUGCUAACUUCUCUGAGAUUGGAAAUCACCUGUUUCAGCACCACGGUCAGCGCUCCAAGAGGGGCCACACGCUCAUCCAAAACAACCUGAGCACAUGUUCAAGGCGAUGUUACAUAGGAGCGCCUCUCAGCUGCUAUUCCUCGUAGCGAUCUGCGGCGUCUUUUACACGCGGACUCUCAGUUUGCCGCUCGCCACUACACGAGCCACUCGACACGCAGACGGUCUGUUUACCAGUGGUUACAGCAAACUGCUGGGCCAACUGUCAGCCAGACGCUACCUGGAGUCUCUGAUCGGAAAACGUGUCAGUGACGAUCUGCUGGAAGGACAGAUGCCAGUGAAGCGUCAUUCUGAUGCGAUAUUCACAGAUAACUACAGUCGCUUCCGCAAGCAAAUGGCCGUGAAAAAGUACCUGAACUCUGUCUUAACAGGAAAGCGGAGCCUAGAAGACUCUGCUAGUGAGCAAGAGGAUUCCACUGGAGGACAAACCUCCUACCGGGAGAGCUAUGAUGAUAUAACUGUAGAUGAGCUUCUCAAUCAUAUACCAAUGCCACUCUGAAGACCACUUGAUAAGAAAACAUGAUUAUCAGUGACUGUAAUACACAUUCCAUAUACAGAGUAUAGUAAAGGAUAGCAGCAUUUAAUUUUGAAACAAUGUUUCUCAACAUAACAAAUACGUAAUAUGUGGUUAGCUAUAAAGUAAACGUUUACACUGUAUAUAAUAAAUACACUAAGAGUUGUUGAAGGUGAAGGGGUGUGUGUGUGUGUGUGUGUGUGUGUGUGUGUGUGUGUGUGUGUGUGUGUGUGUGUGUGUGUGUGUGUGUGUAUGUAGUGAGUUUUGGCCCAGAAACACAUUCCUUCUAUGUUCUCUGUAAGUAGUACAUUAAUUAAUAAAUGCAUUGAAAGGAGUCAUGGACUGGCAUAGUACAAUCAGAGAACAAGAAUUUGGACCCGAAGACCACAAACGGAGCAUCAACUAGAUCCCAAGAGUAUUGUAUUAGGUUGGAGCACUGAGUGAUUAUGUAAUAUGGCCUGAUCUCAAUGGAUUUUGUAAAUCAGAAUAAUUUUAUAAGAAUCUAUUGAUGUUGCUUCUCUGUUGGUUCUCAAAAAAAAAGGGAGCUCAAGGGGCUGGGUGGGGAUUGGGGUGUUGGAGAAUCUUUAUUUUUGCCAUUCAAUGAUAAUAAAACUUUGAAGAGCCAUUGAAAUAUCAGCUGUGCGUAUUGUCGGUCAGUUUGGUUACAACCCACUAGCUUUUUUUU